GAGAAGAAAUCUCUCCUCCACUCGAUCGGCUUGACACAAUGGGUGGCGGCGGCGGUGGUGGCGGCGGUGGCGGCGUGGUUAAGGACGUCGGAUCGAAGGCACAGCUUGAUGAAGCGCUCCACGGGGCGGCGCCGGUGGUGGUCCACUUUUGGGCGUCGUGGUGCGAGGCCUCGAAGCAGAUGGAUCAAGUCUUCGCCCAUCUCGCCACCGACUUCCCUCAAGCACUCUUCCUCAGAGUUGAAGCAGAAGAGCAGCCAGAAAUUUCUGAAGCAUAUGCAGUUGCAGCUGUUCCAUACUUCGUUUUCUUCAAGGAUGGUAAAAGUGUGGAUAAACUUGAGGGUGCAAAUCCGUCCAUUUUGGCUAACAGGGUUGCAAAAGUUACUGGAUCCACAAGCCUUGUAGAAUCUGCUUCACCUGCAAGCCUUGGGAUUGCUGCUGGCCCUACAGUUCUGGAAGCAGUGAAAGACAUGGCAAAGGAAAAUAAUUCUUCCAAAAAUGAAAAUGCAAACUCUGACCUGAGUGGACUGACAACGCGCCUAUGGCAGCUUGUCAAUUCUCACCCUGUUUUCCUAUUCAUGAAAGGAAGUCCAGAGCAACCAAGGUGUGGAUUCAGCCGAAAGGUUGUUGAAAUUUUGAAGGAUGAGGGAGUGGAAUUUGGAAGCUUUGACAUUCUUACUGAUAAUGAGGUCCGUGAGGGAAUGAAGAAGUUUUCCAAUUGGCCGACUUUCCCUCAGCUCUUUUCCAAGGGUGAGCUUCUUGGUGGUGGUGAUAUUGCAGUUGCUAUGCAUGAAAGUGGUGAGUUAAAAGAUGUAUUCAGAGAUCAUGGAGUUCCUAUGAAUUCUAAAGAAACCAAAGUUGCAGAAAGUGCAAAAGAUGUCUCCGAGACUUCUAUUCCCGAAAAAGGUGGAGGCAUUUCUGAUUCCACGGGCCUUAAUGUUGAAUUGGCUUCUCGUCUUCGAACUCUUGUAAAUUCAAGCCCUGUCAUCAUCUUCAUGAAAGGUAGACCAGAGGAACCGAAGUGUGGCUUCAGUCAUAAGGUUAUUGAAAUUCUUCAGCAAGAGAAGGUUGCUUUUGAGAGCUUCGAUAUCCUCUCCGACGAUGAAGUGAGGCAGGGUCUGAAAAUUUUCUCUAACUGGUCUAGCUAUCCACAACUUUAUAUAGGAGGUGAGCUGAUUGGAGGAUCCGAUAUCGUGAUGGAGAUGCUGAAAAGUGGGGAGCUGAAGAAGAUUCUAGCCGAAAAAGGAAUUGUUCCAAAGGUCACUCUCGAGGACAGACUAAAAAAUCUGGUCACCUCAUCACCAGUAAUGCUUUUUAUGAAGGGCACACCAGAUGCUCCUCGGUGUGGUUUCAGCUCCAAAGUCGUCAAUGCCCUUCAGGAUGAAGGAAUCAGCUUUGGGUCUUUUGAUAUUCUCACCGAUGAAGAAAUAAGGCAGGGAUUGAAGACUUACUCUAAUUGGCCGACAUAUCCUCAGCUUUACUACAAAGGCGAGCUGAUAGGGGGAUGCGAUAUCGUGUUGGAACUGCAGAACAGUGGGGAGCUGAAGUCUACGCUUUCUGAGUAGAUGUUGCCGUCAUCUUUGCUAAACUGUUGGUCAUACAGUCGUGUCUGAAGAGUUUGCCAUCUUAGAGUCUUAUCUACUGAGAGUUUAUGUAUGAGGGAUCUAGUUAUAUGCUUCUAAGUUAUCCUGUGUCGUUCACAAUUGCGUUGCGGUUCUGCUAUCACUCCAUCUGCUAUACCUUUCAGUUUCUCUUCAUAUUUUGUCUUUGGUUUAAUGGUACUCUUUGCCCCAGACAAUAUAACUUGAAGAGAUGCUACCUAUUUACAGUA